AAUAUCGUUUUAACGAUUUAGGUUGUGUUCUUCAGAACCAGUAGGCUCGAUUCUUUGGAAUUGGGAGAGGUUUAUCCUCAAUUUAUCUAUCAACCCUGUUAUCGUACUUAGGUACAUGACAAUUGGUAUCAGAUUCAUGAUCCUGCAGACCUGAUUCAUCAUGAGAGGAGGUGAUCCAACACUACAGCAGGUUGCUUCUCAACAACAACGUCAUGGUGAACGGUUAUCAGUUUUGGAGACUCAAAUGAACGAUAUCAAAACCCAAGUGAGUUCAAUUGAAGAGACUUUGAAUUCUCAGUUUUCUUUCUUAUGCAAGCAUUUGGGAAUUCCAGUCCCAGUUGCUCCUUCUACAAAUUUCACACCAGAUCAUGGUUCAACUGAUGCUGCUAAAUCUAAAUCUGAGGAAACAAAUCCAAUUGCGGCUUUCGAUGAAGAAGAAACCGAUUCUCUCGAAUUGGAAUUGAUUCCUCCUUUAUUCUUCAUUGAAAACACUGAUGUUGAUUUACUUCAUAGUUUGAGCUUACAAUUUGAAGAAAAUUUAACAUUAAAGAUCAAUUGUUUAUCCGAGUUUUCUCCAGUUACAAUUGUCAGAAUGAAAGAUGAAGAGAUACAGUUUUGUGUCAAAUUUUUUGAGGAGAAUUCUUAUAUUUCUAAAAGCUUGAUGGAGUUUUUCUUUCUUCACAAAAAGUUACUUCAUAUGAAUUGUUCUGGUCUCCAUUUUGAUUAUAAUCGCUUUUUAUUCGAUCGAGGCAAACUAUGUGUUGCUUGAUGAGGUUUUGGUUUUUCAGUUUGGGCUACUGGGUGUUUAAUUUGUUUUACUUCGUAAAAAAGCUUAUACGCCAAGAACUGAAUGGUUCACCCAAGUUAUUAAAGUUGUGAAAUUAGGUGGUGAUUUUAUUGGACUCCAUGACUUUGCUCUUAAGGUCAGUCUAGCAAUUGUUAUAAGUUAUUUUAUAUUUUUAAGGAGGGGUUUCUUCUUAUAUAAUCGAAGUUCUUCAUCUUUGUUGUAUAAGAGUCUUGCCAUUCGAGAAGAAGAAGAGAAGUUAAACCCCGAUUCUUCCAAGAUUGCUCUCAAUUCCUUGUUUCUUGCUUAGUAUGAAUUUGAUUAUGGUACUCGAUCGUGGAGCUGGUUUGAUGGUGUUUCGAGUACACAGUUGCUUGGUAUAAUGGUGUGUCUCAAGCGCAAGACUGGGAAUUUUGUUUUUCAGCCGUUUUCUAGACAUGGGUUUCGAUCACAUUCAUCCUCUAUGAAUUAUAUCUUGUUAGUGUUCAAAACUGGUGAUAUUGGUGAUGUUUUUCUGAGGUGUCUUCAACUGCUUGCGAGGUGCAGAACAGUAAAUUUUCUUUUGCAGCUGGAGUUUUGUUUGUUUCAUGAGAUUGCAGUUCAUUCUAUCUGAUCGUUGGUAGUCACUCAGAUUCGUUUAGGGAGUUUUGCAUGUAUAUUUGAGUUUAUUACGUUCAAUACAUUAGCCAUACUUCACCAUGGGUUCUUACAUUUGCAAUCAUGGAGUCUCAUUCGUCUUUCACCGUGGCUCCCUAUGGAUCAGCUUACUUGGUUUAACCAACUUGAUGGAACUUGUGCAUUUGUUAGCCAUGAUUCUUCACAAAUGAUUCGCGUUGGUAGUACAUAUGGUGAUUUUUCUUAUAAGCAUCUGAAUUUUCUGUUGAUUUCUAGCUUGGGGUACCAAUCAGAAAUUUCGACUACAUUUAAUUGUUCCUUUAUAUGUUCAUGUUGUCGCAAUUGUUUUUGAGAGGGAACUGACUGUUAUAGAGUCUGCAAGAUAUGGGAUUUUUGGUAAAUUAGCUGAGAGUGUCCUGUGGAUAUUGAACUGUGGUGAUGCUGAUCUUUUCUUGCAGCUUACACUGGGACAAGCUGACAUUCCAGCAACUAACUUUUAUAUUACUACUCUAGGUCUAGUUUACCACACCAUGAGAGGCUAUAUCAAGUUUGAAUUAUUGGGAGAGGUAGUGGGCACUCAAAGCUGGGUCACUGUGCAUUAUACCCCACAUGUGCUUGUUUAUGUUGAUGCUCAUAUCCUGUUGACUUUGCUUACAAUCAUUUUAACUAAGGUAUACUUCUUUAUAUAUUCAAUUCUACUUACUUAUAUAUGUGGUAGUCUACCUGCUACUGAGUAUAUUCGACUCAUCUUUGAUCGCGGUAAAUAAAUUGAACCUAUUGAGUGGUGGUACCUUUGUGAUAGCCAUAUUUACAAAUUCCACCUUACUUCUUGUUGGUUGUUAAUACUGGGUUGAUUUUCACGGAUGCUUGUGCUGGCAAAUCUGCUCCUGACCUGAUUUUGGAGUUCGGGUACCAUUUAAUUAUAUUCCUUGGAGUCUUCAAUGUACUUGAGUUCGUUAUAACUGGAGAAAGGUGUGAUGCUAGUCAGCUGGUUUAAGAACUGUCGCAACAAGAUUAUAUUCUCAGAUUCAUUUCGAUACUACAAGUGACAAGGAAAAAUGGGUUUGGCAGCAUAUCCGAUAUGAAUAAGGGUGCUGGUAUGAGUACUUAUCUAUAUGGAGGUGUUGAUGACUAUGAGCCGGCAGUUUACUAUGGACAACACAGCACAACCAGGUUCAGGUCAAUGGUGGACUUUACAAAGAACUCCUGCCUUGUGGUCAUUCCCAUUUGUCGUUUGUUUUGCAGACAUUGGACUUGUUCUAGCGGCUAUGUUUACUCCUUUGCUCGCUACUCAGAAGCUGCAGCCACGGAUGUUUACAGUCAUGUACCAGCAUAAAAGAAGAGAGUGGCCUGGAAACUCAAUUCACAUCCUUGAGGACAAGGAUGUCCCGAAAUAAGUAGGGAAUGUCAUGUACCAGCAUAAGAGAGGAGAGUGGCCCUUAUCAUAAUUAGGGUGGUAGUUAGUCUUUAAUAUUAAUUGUUCUUAGUAGCUAAUUAAAGAUGAUUAUUAGUUAAUAAAACUUGUAAUUGAUGGUUGGGAUGUAACCAUCUGUGAGGCUUAGGAUGGUUAGAUCUAGUUGGGGGAAAACCUAGUUAUAAAGAGUGAGAGCCUGUAAUGAGAACGGUAGGGAACUCAUAAUCAAAAUAUCGUUUUAACGAUUUAUGA